GCCGCUUUGUUAACUCCGCCACCUCCAACGGACUUCUCGAAGCCUUCCCUCCUCUUCCUCUACAUCACUCUCCCGGCGGCCCCACUUCCGCUCCCAAACAAUCUCCAUUAAUUCAUCCUCUACUGCGUGAGUGUGUGUUUUUGAACCUCGAGUCCUCGAAACCUUUAAAAAAUGCAAUCAGCAAUGACAAUGUCCCUGGCCUCGCCUUCCCUAACAAUUGCCCCGAGAUCCGACUGCUCUUCUUCCACUUUUCUCACGUCGCGAUCGCUCCGGUUCUGCGGGCUCAAGAGAGAGGCGAUUUUCGGACUGAAUUCUUCGCAUUCAGCUGCAGCGAGAUUAGUUUCCUCCUCCUCGGCUGCUGUAUUUUCUUCUUCGUCCACAAAGCAGCGUUUGAAUUUGAAGGUUUCGGCUUCGGUGAGUAAUGAUAAUGGAACUCCGUCGAAAGAGGGUUUUGAUUAUGAUCUCGUAAUUAUUGGCGCUGGUGUUGGUGGUCAUGGCGCUGCACUUCAUGCUGUAGAGAAGGGUUUAAAAACUGCCAUCAUUGAAGGAGAUGUAGUAGGAGGAACAUGUGUAAAUAGGGGUUGUGUGCCUUCCAAAGCCCUCCUAGCUGUUAGUGGUCGUAUGCGGGAGCUUCAGAAUGAGCAUCACAUGAAGGCUUUUGGUUUACAGGUUGCAGCUGCUGGAUAUGACAGACAAGGAGUUGCUGAUCAUGCAAAUAAUUUGGCCUCCAAAAUUAGAAAUAAUUUGACAAAUUCGAUGAAAGCUCUUGGGGUAGAUAUAUUGAUGGGUGCUGGCACAGUUUUGGGUCCACAAAAGGUGAAAUAUGGAAAGGCUGGCGCUGGAGAAACUGUAAUAACAGCAAAAGACAUUAUAAUUGCUACUGGCUCCAUUCCCUUAGUGCCAAAGGGAAUUGAAGUUGACGGUAAGACAGUCAUCACCAGUGAUCAUGCACUCAAAUUGGAAUUUGUUCCGGAGUGGAUAGCGAUAGUUGGAAGUGGUUACAUCGGUCUCGAGUUCAGCGAUGUUUAUACAGCUCUUGGAAGUGAGGUUACAUUUAUUGAAGCUUUGGAUCAGCUGAUGCCUGGCUUUGACCCUGAGAUUGGAAAGUUGGCACAGAGAGUCCUCAUAAAUCCUCGGAAAAUUGAUUCUCAUACUGGUGUGUUUGCCAGCAAGAUAACUCCAGCAAAGGAUGGAAAACCAGUGAUAAUUGAGCUCAUUGAUGCCAAGACCAGGGAACCGAAAGGCACUCUAGAGGUAGAUGCUGCUCUUAUUGCAACUGGUAGGGCUCCAUUCACUGAAGGACUUGGCCUGGAAAAUAUUAAUGUACAAACUCAGCGUGGAUUUAUACCUGUAGAUGAGCGCAUGCAUGUAAUAGAUGCUGAUGGGAAGUUGGUUCCUCACUUGUAUUGCAUUGGUGAUGCCAAUGGGAAGAUGAUGCUUGCUCAUGCAGCAAGCGCACAAGGAAUCUCUGUUGUUGAGCAAGUUACUGGAAAGGACCAUAUUCUGAACCAUUUAAGUGUACCAGCAGCAUGUUUUACCCAUCCUGAGAUCAGUAUGGUUGGACUGACAGAGCCUCAAGCAAGAGAAAAGGGUGAGAAGGAAGGAUUUGAAGUCAGUGUUGCUAAGACAAGCUUCAAGGCUAACACUAAAGCCCUGGCUGAAAAUGAAGCGGAAGGACUUGCCAAGUUGAUCUAUAGACCUGACAAUGGAGAGAUCCUUGGAGUUCAUAUUUUUGGUCUGCAUGCUGCAGACCUCAUACAUGAGGCAUCUAAUGCUAUAGCUAUGGGGACACAUAUACAGGACAUAAAGUUUGCUGUUCAUGCACAUCCAACCUUGUCUGAAGUGCUUGAUGAGCUCUUCAAAGCAGCCAGGGUUAAAGUUAACGGUUCUAUUCGAGUGGGUAUGCAAUUUGCUGGCCAUACUUAGAUUAGUCGGGGAAUGUUUUUGGGAGUAUGUGUUGUUACCUUGCUUUUGGGACCUGAGAAGAAGAUUCAGGUCCAAGAGAAAGGAGCACUAGAGCAGCAUAUAAAAUUGCUCUUGCUUGCAUUUUGGUAGCAUUUUCGCUGCACAUUCAAGCCAUAGACAGCCUUUUGUCAAAGCCAUCGUCAUUGUUUGUUGUAGAAAUUAUUCUCCUUGAAAAUAAUUGGAAUUCUAGCUUAUGACAAUGAGAUGAAGUUUUGGUCACAGUCCAAGUACAAAGGAUUUUGGUGUACCCUGUGAUGAGCUUCAAAGAAAAUCUGAUUUGUACUUUGUA